UGAGUUGGUGAACGGAACGCGUUCGGAGUAUUUACAAUAUUAUUUCUCCCGUCGUAUACUAGAUAUUUUUUGUUUUCAAAAUGGCCGUGUGUUCGCUGUUUGUUUAGUGUGUACAAUCGCGAAAUGUAUAUAUCUCGUUUUCUUAUCGAAUUUAAUUCUAGCUCGUUAGGCGUGUGUACGUCGUGCCGUGUAAUUACACUGAACGCGGUUGUAUAUUAAAUAUUGUUAAUUUUAUCGGACGCGUCGUGUCAAAAUUCGCGGGUUCUGAUUUGUUGCCGCUACUUUUAAUUUUGUUUCUAUCCAGUUCGCGCAAAUUUAUAAAGAUAUCUUGAUUGGACAUAACUAUUUUUUCGUUUUUUUUUUUAUCGAUACCACCUACAUUUCUUGUAAAAUGCAUCGUUCAAGAAGGUAGUUGGCACUACACUAACUCGCAUUGGACGUGCACCUUGAAAUUGUUUCUUCUUGCACAUUACUACAAAUAGUUUAUAUUUUAUUAGUUCUUAAAUUAACUGCGAAGGAAGCUUAAUUCACAUAUAAAACUAUUUCUCUAGCGAUGAACAUUGACUUAUGUUCGGCGCAAUGACGGAUACUAAACGUCGAGUGAAGUUGUAUGCUUUAAAUGUUGAUCGCCAAUGGGACGAUCGUGGUACUGGUCAUGUUUCGUGUACUUAUGUCGAAAGACUUAAGGGUGUUUCACUCUUGGUUCGAGCUGAAGCUGACGGAGCCCUUUUGUUAGAAUCCAAAAUUCAACAUGAUACUGUAUACCAAAAGCAACAGGACACAUUAAUAGUGUGGUCAGAGGCUGAUAACUUUGAUUUAGCAUUAAGUUUUCAAGAAAAAGCUGGUUGUGAAGAAAUAUGGGAAAAAAUUUGCAGUGUCCAAGGCAAAGAUCCUACUAUAGAAACUACUCAAGACAUUGUAGAGGAAUCUGAAGAUGAAAGAUUUGAUGAUUUGUCAGAUUCUGCUCCACCUGUUGAAUUACCGCCUUGUGAAAUUGGCAGACUCAAAGAAAUUAAAGAUCUCUUUAUGACAUGUAUGGCUACUCCUUUAAAUAAAGACCGAUUAGCUGAAGCAAUAGAGAAUGAUGGUUAUAUCCGAAAAUUAGUUAAACUAUUCAAUUUGUGUGAAGAUCUCAACAAUUUAGAAGGUUUACAUUGUUUGUAUGAUAUCAUCAAAAAUAUUUUUCUUAUCAAUAAAAAUGGCUUGUUUGAAAUGCUUUUUGCUGAUGACAUAAUUUUUGAUGUAAUUGGCUGUCUGGAGUAUGAUCCAACACAACCCAUCCGGAAAUAUCAUAGACAUCAUUUAAAAAAUGUUUCUAGAUUUAAAGAAGUUAUUAUGAUAACUAACAUGGAAUUAUUGAACAAAAUACACCAAACACAUAGAGUACAAUAUAUACAAGACGUUGUUCUUCCUACUCCAUCUGUUUUUGAAGAUAAUAUGUUGUCUGCACUAAAUAGUUUCAUAUUUUUCAACAAAGUAGAAAUAGUAACUUUAAUCCAGGAAGAUGAAAAGUUUCUACCAGAUCUCUUAGGUCAACUACAAGAUGAAAAUACACCAGAUCCUAGGAAAUUAGAACUAGUACAGUUCCUUAAAGAGUUUUGCAAUUUUUCACAAAAUUUACAACCUCCACAAAAAGAAAAUUUCUUCAAGACUUUAACAUCUCUGGGUAUUUUACCAAUGCUUGAAAUGACAUUAAUGUCUGAGGAUGUAAACAUCAAACAAGCAGCCAUUGAUAUUCUUACCAUUCUUGUAGAAUUCUCUCCAUCUGUAAUCCGAGAGUAUAUACUACAGCAGUCAACGGAUAAUGUAUCGCAAGCUAAUGGCAAUGAAGUGGUCGAGCUUAUGCUGAUGAAUGUUAUUAUCGAGCAAAUGAUUUGUGAUACUGAUCCUGAUCUCGGUCGUGCUGUUCAACUAAUGGGUGUUAUACGUGUAUUGAUUGAUCCUGAAAACAUGUUGCCUUCAUUGAGUAAAGUUGAAAAAACAGACUUCUUAAAUUACUUUUAUAAAAACAGUGUUCAUGUCCUUAUUGCACCUUUAUUAGCUAAUACAGUUGAUGGUGAACCAGCUCGUGAUGAUUACCAAAAUGCACAGUUAUUGGCACAUAUACUUGAACUAUUAACUUUUUGUGUUGAACAUCAUUCUUACCACAUAAAAACUUGUAUCCUCAAUAAAGAUUUACUGAAACGUGUCUUAGUAUUAAUGAAAUCAGCUCAUAAAUUUUUGGUAUUGGGAGCUUUAAGGUUUAUGAGAAAAAUUGUUGCUCUAAAAGAUGAAUUUUACAAUCGUUACAUAGUCAAAGGAUGUUUAUUUGGUCCUGUAAUUGAUUGUUUGUUAGAAAAUAAUGGGCGUUAUAACUUGCUUGAUUCGGCCAUCAUUGAGUUAUUUGAAUUCAUUAAACUAGAAGACAUUAAAAUUCUAAUAGCACAUAUUGUUGAAAAUUAUGGCAAAAAGUUUGAACAUAUUGAUUAUGUACAAACUUUCAAAGCACUAAGAAUACGUCAUAGUCAACAUACAGAAAAACUUAAAGAGAAACCUAUAACCAAUUGCAGUAUGACUGUAUCAACUGGACGUUUUAGGCGUGAUCCACGACAGUUAGAAGAUGAAGAAGAAAUUUGGUUUAAUAACGAAGAUGAUGAAUUUGAUGACAGUGAAGCUGUUGUUCCACACACAGGAAUGACUAGUACUACACCAAUGACAGCCUCUGAACAAUUAGAUUCUAUUGGUAAAAGUAUUGAUAAAAAAUGUGAAGGAAGUAGCACUAAAAUAUUUGGUACUACGGUUAAUAAAACAAAUCCAGUUAUAAACAAUAAUUUGGCUGUUACCCCAACACUUGGUUCAUCUACAGAAGAUCCAAAAAAUAAUUCUCUUUUGAAAAAAGCUCUAGUCGACUAUGAAGGUGAUUCUGAUGAAGAAGAAGAUGAAAAUGGCGACCUGAAGUCCCCCACUAAGAGGCCACGUUAUACAUAAUUUGUAAUUUUUCUUAAAUUUAUAGUUAAAUUAAUCAUUUCUCGUUUUGUCGUACAAAACAAAGUGUCACUUGUAUAUUUUAAAGUAUUAGACUUAAUGACAUCACCUCCAUGUGUAAAUAUUAGUAAUACUACAUAUUAUGAUUACUUAGAAAAGUUUUCAUAUGUGUUAAGCUAAGCUAGGUAAAUGUUGCUUUUAAACAUUUUUAUUUUUUACCCAAAAUCCUGUAUAUUUGACUGUCCUGUGGAAUAUUCAUAAUUGUCAGUACUUAACAAUGAUUAUUGUAAUUAUAAUGAUAUAUAUCUUUAUAUAUAUAUUGUACCUGGUAUGUAUUUGUGGUAAUAGAAACCGAUCAGCAGUUAACUAUUAAAUAACGACAUGUGUCAUUUAUGCAUGAAUGAGCCCAUUGGUUAUUUAAUAAAACUUCUAUUUUCUUAACAAGGUCUUUAAAUUAAAGCAAUUUUUAUAUAUA